AUGUCGGAUGGCACGCUGUUCAAGCCUGACAAGGACUUUUCGAAGGAUGUAGACCAGCAGAUUCCCGAGGCUGAAGCGCUUGCUAAGACAAACGUACAAGGCGCCAUCGACAAGCUCCUCUUACUAGAGAAACAAGCACGACAGGCGUCCGAUCUCCCUUCGACCUCGAGGCUGCUGGUGGGCAUCGUUACAAUCUGUAAAAAUGUUGGCGAGUGGGAGCUUCUGAACGAACAAGUCAUUGCUCUCUCGAAAAAGCAUGGCCAGCUCAAACAGGCGAUAACGAAGAUGGUCCAAGUGGUGAUGGAGUUCUUGGACAAGACACCAAAUUUGGAAGUUAAAUUGGCCUUGAUCGAGACAUUAAGGACAGUAACGGAGGGGAAGAUUUUUGUUGAAGUCGAAAGAGCGCGGGUAACUCGUGCUUUAUCCGAUAUUAAGAAGAACCAAGGGGAUAUCGACGCUGCUGCCGACAUUCUUUGUGAGCUACAGGUUGAGACCUUCGGAUCUAUGGCCCGAAGAGAGAAGACGGAAUUUAUCCUGGAGCAGGUUGCUCUUUGUAUAAAAAAGAAAGACUGGACACAGGCAAACAUCCUCAGUCGCAAGAUUACUACGAAGUUCUUCGCCCGGAAACCCAAGCGAACUCCCGAACAAAUCGAAAAGGAUAAUAAGGAAGCUGAAGAGAAAGAGAAGAAACGCAGCCCUGACGACCCACCGGUUGAGAAGCCAGAAGAUGUUACAGAUCUGAAGCUGCUGUAUUAUGAACAGCAAAUUAUUCUUGCAAACCAUGAGGGCAAGUACCUUGAUGUUUGCAAACAUUACCGACAGGUUCUCGACACUGAGUCUGUUGAAGAAAACUCGGAACAGCUACGUGCGGUCUUGCAACGAGUCAUCUACUAUGUCAUUCUUUCACCUUUUGACAAUGAACAAUCAGAUCUUUUGCACCGUGUCCAAGCUGAUUCGCGGAACUCCCUUGUCCCCAUAGAGGCUCGGCUAGUCAAGCUGUUUACCAUCAACGAGUUGAUGCGCUGGCCCAUGGUCGCUGAGCAGUUCGGUCCCCAUCUGUGUAGCACCGAUGUGUUCGACGCCGCUCCCAAUCACACAGGCGACGACAAGGCCUACCAACGCUGGCAAGACCUUCGAAAACGUGUCAUUGAACACAAUGUCCGCGUUAUUGCCAAGUACUACACUCGCAUCGAGAUGGGCCGACUAACUCAGCUUCUCGACCUAGAUGAAGAGGAGACUGAGAAAUACAUCAGUGAUCUAGUUACCUCCAAAACCAUCUACGCUAAGAUUGACCGUCCAGCUAGACUUGUCAACUUUGCCAAACCACGCGAUGCCGAUGAUGUUCUGAAUGAGUGGAGCAGUAACAUGAAGAGCCUGCUUGGAUUACUGGAGAGAAUUGACCACUUAAUUACCAAGGAGGAGAUGAUGGCUAGGAUCCUCCCCACCAAGGGUGCCGGACGGUCGAAGGCACGUUGA